UCAUUGUGAAGAAAGAGAUGCUUUCAUCUAUCUACAAAGAUGUUUGCUUGGGCUUAUUCUUCAGGAUACCUUAUUUGAAGGGAUUUCUAAAUGAUUACUAUUAACAACAUGUCAAAAUACCUGAUACCAGUUUAGCUGAUGGUUUAUUUCAAUAAAAGCAUUCAGAAAUCAGAGGCAUACUAAGAGAUGGAAAAUAUAUCAUAUUAUGGGAUUCCUAUUGGCCAAUGCACAGUGACCUAGAACAAUCCAAAGCUAGAGUGAACACCUUUAGAAAAGCUUCCACUGAUAAUAUAUUUGGUUCUAGGCAACUAAAAAAACACAUCAUGGAGCUCCGGAACUCCACCUUGGGAAGCGGCUUCAUCUUGGUGGGGAUUCUGAAUGACAGUGGGUCUCCUGAACUGCUCUGUGCUACAUUUACAAUCCUAUACAUGUUGGCACUGACCAGCAAUGGUCUGCUCCUCCUGGCCAUCACCAUAGAAGCCCAGCUCCACAUGCCCAUGUACCUCCUGCUUGGGCAGCUCUCUCUCAUGGACCUCCUGUUCACAUCUGUUGUCACUCCCAAGGCCCUUGCGGACUUUCUGCGCAGAGAAAACACCAUCUCCUUUGGAGGCUGUGCCCUUCAGAUGUUCCUGGCACUGACAAUGGGUGGUGCUGAGGACCUCCUACUGGCCUUCAUGGCCUAUGACAGGUAUGUGGCCAUUUGUCAUCCUCUGACAUACAUGACCCUCGUGAGCCCAAGAGUCUGCUGGAUCAUGGUGGCCACAUCCUGGAUCCUGGCAUCCCUGAUUGCUAUAGGACAUACCAUGUACACUAUGCACCUCCCUUUCUGCGUGUCCUGGGAAAUCAGGCAUCUGCUCUGUGAGAUCCCACCCUUGCUGAAGUUGGCCUGUGCUGAUACCUCCAGGUAUGAGCUUAUAAUAUACGUGACAGGUGUGACUUUCCUCUUGCUCCCCAUUUCUGCCAUUGUGGCCUCCUACACACUAGUCCUAUUCACUGUGCUUCGUAUGCCAUCAAAUGAGGGGAGGAAGAAAGCCCUUGUCACCUGCUCUUCCCACCUGAUUGUGGUCGGGAUGUUCUAUGGAGCUGCCACAUUCAUGUAUGUCUUGCCCAGUUCCUUCCACAGCCCCAAACAAGACAACAUCAUCUCUGUUUUCUACACAAUUGUCACUCCAGCCCUGAAUCCACUCAUCUACAGCCUGAGGAAUAAGGAGGUCAUGGGGGCCUUGAGGAGGGUCCUAGGAAAGUACAUACUGCUGGCACAUUCCACGCUCUAGGGAAGGAUCGUGGCUUGCCUCUCACCAUUCCUCCUCCAGAUAAAAUUCUCUACUCACUCAUUCCUGCUCCAAAUAAAAUUCUCUACUCACUCAUUCUUCAAUACUGUACUCUGAGAUGAUAGAUACAUUUUUUAAAUUUUACUUUUAUUUUCAACUGUGAAUCUGGUGUGUACAAUGAUCUUGAGUUAAACUCAUUUGGCACACAUCAUCCUGACUUUGGAAACCCAUGUUAUAAAAAUAACCAGAUGGGGGAAAAGCCUUGAAUGGGUGUUGUAGACUCACUCUGUGGUAGGCAUCGUCCUGACACAUUACCAAGUAGACAUGGUAGGGGAUUAGCUUUCCAUUUUAACAUCACAUAGCAGUGAGAAGCAGCAGUAGUUUUGGACUGACCAAAUUCCAAUAGCCUCUCAGCAUCAGAGGAGGACUACUCCCUUUGAAGCAGAUUCUUAAACUACUAAUAGAGGGAAGAAUUUUCAGAAGAUAUAUUAGACUUCCUGUUUAUUAAGUAGAUGAUUAUUUGAGCAGUUAGUGGAAAUGAAUAAGAGUUAUGUGACUGCAUUUGUACUCUAGACCUGAGGGACCUUCACAUUGGUUACUUGAGUAAUGAUAAAUAAUUACAUUGAAAGAGUGCGGCCAGGCGCAGUAGCUCACGCCUGUAAUCCCAGCACUUUGGGAGGCCGAGGCAGGCAGAUCACCUGAGGUAAGGAGUUUGAGACCAGCCUGGCCAACGUGUGGAACCUGGGUCUCUACUAAAAAUACAAAAAUGAGCGGGGCAUAGUGGUGGGUGCCUGUAAUCCCAGCUACUCGGGAGGCUGAGGCAGGAGAAUUGCUUGACCCUGGGAGGCGGAGGUCGCAGUGAGCUAAGAUCGCACCA